AUGGAAAUUAGUGAUUUACCAGAUGGGCUGCCAUUUGAUUUGUUACGACGUGUUCUAGCUGAAGAAUGUUCUGACAGUGUCAAGAACAUUAAAUUGUUUUACAACGGCAGUUUAAUAAAAAGUGGAGUCACACCCAAAAGACUUUUUAAAGAUCUGAGUGUUGUUCCGGAAAUCGAAUGCCGUUUUAAGCAUCCUUCGCAAACAUCCAAAAUUCCUUUAGGAAGAAGGAAGUGCAAGUUGUCUCGAACAGAUGAUAUUACUGUGUAUAUUUUUAAAGGAGAAGAUAAAUCAAAGGACAGACAACCAGAUAAUUUGAAAGUGAACAUUGAAGACAAUGAUUUUGAUCCUGGACCGCAUAUAGUUCAAAUACAAUGGAUAUCUGAAGAGCCAAGAAAACCUUUCUUGGGUGGUUAUCGAAGAAGAUCAGAUCAAGUUCUUUUUUACCAUGCUACAUCUCAAACUGCUCCAAAAUCUCCAGAUAAUCCUACUGUUCCACUUUUUUCUCGAGAAACACAAACUUAUGCGGUAAAGCAUGAGAAUGACCAAACACUUCAGCAAGCCACAACAGCAAUGGCAAAACCUGGCUUCUACAUUUCCAACACCAAUGACAGAGUGGUAACACCUAGGCUGUACGAGACUGCAGACGAGCAUAGGAUGCGCCUGAAUAGAUGUGCAAUAGUAAUACAGAAGUAUGUGCGACGUUGGCUUGCUAAACGUAGAGUUGCUCAUCUUCGUACACUCCGAGACAAGUACAAUGCGUCUGUGGGAAGAAAGCAACAAAUGUAUUUGCAAAACAGACUUAAUAGACCAACUCUUGACUAUAAUAGACGAGCCCGCCCCAAAACACGAUACGAUAUCGACAGACUCUUUAAUGCUCUUGAGGAAUGGCGUGUAAAGGAAGUGAAGUGUAUACAUAUGAACUCAGGAUCUUUAGCCAUUAGAAAAGCGGACAUGGGUUUGGUCCUUGACAAGGAGGUUGAAUUAAUAAAGAAAAUUAUGCAAAACCAAAUGGAACUCUCGGGCUGCGGGAAAAUGCGGGAGCAAGAGCGUUUCAUCGAAAAAGCUGCCUCGGCAGUUCGUUGGAGGAGUGAGCAGAGUCUGGGACCUGUGGAAAUGGACACCUCAUAUACUCUUUUUGGAAAGCGUCUUUUAACCUUAUAUGAAAACCUUAAAUCCGAUUGUCUUAGUGAGACUGAACGGAUGGACUUACUUCUUACUGUUAAGAAGUUAGUUGGAAGGUACCCAUCUUCCCUAAGUUGUGACAUUGUGACUCUUGCAGAAAGGGAGACGGAGUUAAUACUAAGAAAUAUCCCAGUUUCAAUGCUUGUUGGUCUGCGCCAGCGCAUUCUCCAACGUUUUAUGCAAUUUUGUAAAGUGCCCGAGUACAACCCAGCAGUGGCAUCACAUCUUCCAAUCCCUAACAAAAACGAUCCAAAUGCCCGCACAAGGAUGUGGAAUGACACUCAUCGAUGUAUAUCUUGUGGUGGAUACCUUUCGACCGCGAAAUUUGGUGUUACUGCACGGGCCAAGCAUCUGGAUGUUUGUUUAUUCUGUUGGCGGCAAGGAAAUCGUGGAAGGGAUCGACUAGACUUAAAACCCUAUCAACAAAUCCUUGAAGAUCUUCAAAAAUCUGAAGCUGAGCUACUUCGCAAAGCUAAUUGUAACAAAACUAUUGAAUUACAGAACUUAGAGCUUAAUGCUCUUGAUAAGGCUGUGGAAGAGCAGAAACGAAGGAAAGAGGUUCGAGAUUAUGUGCCAAAUGACACAGGGACUCUGUUUAAGGCACAAAGCCGGUAUUCAGCAGUUGAUACUAAGAUCGUAUCAAAUCACUUUGAAUUGCUUGUCAACGUUCAGGAUAUUUAUUUUCUGGUUAACAAAAUAUGGAAUGGUCGAUCUGCUCUUUCUGGAUGUUCUGAACUUAAUGAUUUGACGCUUUGUCGAUGGAAAGUUACAGUGCCAUGGUCACCAUGGAAUACAUUAUUGGUUACAAAGGAGGAAGCUGAUCUACACAUGGAACUUAGCAAUAUCCCUUCGACUUUGCUGUAUGCUGACACUAUGCUAACUAGGGUACGUCAGCGGCUUGUGAUCGGCAAGAAUGUGUUUGUGCGGCUCUGUUUAAUCGGACGCAAUAUGACCCAAGAACGGCUGGAAUUGAAUGAGGAACUUCUACAGCCUAAAGUGAAAAAUGUCCCUCAUCCAUUGGAAAGGAAAUUGUAUAAAGCUGAGGGUAAACCACUGUAUCUACUCACAGCUGAGGAAAGGCACAAAUCAACGUUCCAACCACCUCAGAUCUUGCUUCCUGUCAUUAAAGGUGAAAAGAAACUAAUGAAUUUAGAAAUUAAAAGCCUUAAGGAGAUUUGGCCCUUGUCAGAACCCACCAAAAGAGAAUGA